AUGGCGGACAAGGAAGCCACAGUCUAUGUCAUCGACCUGGGUGAGUCCAUGGCCGACUGUCACAAUGGACGUAAUGAAUCCGAUCUCGACUUUGGCAUGCGCUACAUCUGGGACAAGAUUUCAACUACCGUGGCAGCCAGCCGCAAGACCUGGAACGUGGGUGUCGUGGGCCUCAACACCAAUGAGACCAACAACAACGAAAACAGGGAAGAGUAUCAGGGUUACGAGAACAUAUCGGUUCUCCAGGAGCUUGGGCCCAUGACCAUGACUUCUCUAAGAGCACUCAAGAGCAAGAUUGAGCCAUCCAGUACCUCCAGCGCAGACGCUAUUUCGGCAAUCGUGGUUGCCCUCAGAAUGAUCCAAUCCUUCACGAAGAAGUUGAAGUACAAGCGGAAGAUUAUCGUCGUAACAAACGGGGAGUCACCUAUCGAUGAUGAUCAGUCUGAAGAGGUGGCGAACAUGCUCAAUGACGUGGGAAUAGAGCUUAUCGUGCUCGGUGUGGAUUUUGACGAUGCCGAAUAUGGCUUCAAGGAGGAGGAUAAGCCACGCCACAAGGAGCAAAACGAGAAAAUCCUCAAAACGCUGGUAGACCACUGUGAGAGCGGCGCAUUCGGCACCAUGGCACAAGCAGUGGAAGAGCUUGCCACUCCCAGAAUCAAAUCCGUCAGGCCUUUCAAGGCAUAUGAUGGCCCUCUGACGCUCGGAGACCCCCAAAAAUAUCCGAGCGCGCUGAGCAUUCAGGUUGAGCGCUACUUCAAGACCAAGAGAGCAACACCUCCGUCAGCGAGCAAUGUGGCCAACCCUAACGGACCGCCUCAGACACAGGUUUGGGACGAAGACCACGGCGUACCAUUUAGUGGUGUGGGCUUUCAGCCAGUCAAGCAACUGCGCACAUACAGAAUUGAGGACUCCAAGGCAGCAGGAGGGAAGAAAGACGUCGACAUGGAGGAUCUUGCCAAGGCAUAUCAGUAUGGCAGGACCGUAGUCCCCUUUGGCAAGAGUGAGGAGGACUACCUGAAAUACGAGACAACGAAGAGUUUCACAAUCAUCGGCUUCGUUCCCAUGAGCAGCUAUGAGCCAUUCUUGAACAUGGGAGAGACAGGCCUCAUUGUUGCUCAAAAGGUGAACGAGGAAGCGGAGCUCGGUCUAUCGGCUCUUAUUCAUGCUCUACAUGAGCUUGAGUCCUACGCUGUGGCCAGAUAUGUCAACAAAGAUAAAGCACCACCCCAAAUCCUUCUUCUCAAGCCAAAUCCGGCUAUCGAAGACGACAUUGAGUGCUUGUACGAUAUCCCGCUGCCGUUUGCGGAGGACGUCAGGAGUUAUCAGUUCCCUCCGUUGGACAAAGUGUUGACUAUCACGGGGAACGUACUCACGGAACAUCGCCUUCUACCCAACAAUGAUUUACAGCAGGCGAUGAGCGACUACGUCGAUGCAAUGGACUUGACUGAAUAUGGGCAGGAUGACGAUGGACACCCUGCGGAAUACGCGCCCAUUGAUGACCUGUAUAACCCCGUCAUCCACCACAUGAACCAAGCGAUCCGUAAUCGCGCAGUGAACCCUGAUGCUCCUUUACCACCCGUAGCCGAAAUCCUCACACGCUUCACGCAUCCGCCUGAACCACUGAUAGCGAAAGCCAAGACAGAGAUCGACGGAUUGAUAAAAGCAGCAGAAGUCAAGAAAGUCCCCCCAAAAGUACAAGGCAAACGCGGCAGGAAAGACACCGUCAAACCUCUAUCCGGGCUGGACAUCGACGCCCUUCUCGGAGAGACCCGACCGCGAACGAAGAAGACGCCCAUGAUAUCCACGGAAAAUGCGAUUCCCGAAUUCAAACAAAUUCUGGAAACAGCCGAAGACGACGAGACCAUUGAAACUGCCGCCAAGCAGAUGGGAAAUAUCAUUUGCAAGCUUGUCAGCGACAGCUUUGCGGAUGUGCUGUACCCGAGAGCUGCCGAGAACAUCCGGGUGAUGAGGGAGGAGCUAAUAAACAUGGAAGUUCCGACGCUUUACAACAAGUACAUUACAAAACUCAAAGAGAGCCUGCUCUCGGGCAACUUGAAUGGGGAUCGAAGGGAAAUGUGGUUCCGAUGGAUUGUUGGAGGGCGCUUGGGGUUGAUCACACAGGAUGAAUCUGAGGUGUCCGAAGUUAGUGAGAAGGAGGCAAAGGCUUUUCUGAAGUGA